GCAGGACCAGAUGGAAUACCGCCAGAAGCACUGAAAACAGAUGCAGAGACAACAGCGGACAUGCUCACACCACUAUUGCAGAAGGUGUGGAAGGAAGAGAAGGUACCUGACGAUUGGAAGAAGGGUUACCUUGUCAAACUGCCGAAGAAGGGAGACCUCAGUGCUUGCAAGAACUGGCGCGGAAUCACUCUCCUGUCCACCCCAAGUAAAAUAUUAAGCCGCAUCAUCCUGGAGAGGCUAAGGGAUGCACUGGAUUCAAAACUACGACCGGAACAGGCAGGCUUCAGGAAGUACAAAUCAUGUGCAGACCAAAUUGCAACGCUUCGUAUCAUCAUAGAACAGAGCAUAGAAUGGCAAUCACCUCUCCACCUCAACUUCAUCGACUUUGAGAAGGCCUUUGACAGCGUCGACCGAGAAGUAAUUUGGAAACUGCUUCAAUACUACGGAGUACCGCAAACCUUUAUCCGCCUCAUUCAACAACUAUAUGAAGAUGCCACAUGCCAAGUAAUCCACAAUGGGAAGCUCAGUGAUGCCUUUGAAGUGAAGACAGGAGUGAAACAAGGUUGCCUACUAUCCCCCAUGAUAUUCCUUAUUGUGGUGGACUGGAUCAUGCAGCAAACAGUAGGCAGCGAGAAGAGGGGGAUACACUGGACGACGGAAAAGAACCUAGAAGACUUGGAUUUCGCCGAUGACUUAUGCCUAAUGUCACAUAAACUUGAAGAUCUGCAGGCAAAAACUAACAAGUUGAUAGAAGAGGCAGCGAAGACGGGACUUCAGGUGAAUAUAGAGAAGACAGAAGUGAUGAAGAUACCGCACCACCACCAUCAACAACAACAACAACAAACUCCAAUCACCGUCAACGGGAGAAACUUGAAGGAAGUAACCUCCUUCACUUAUCUAGGAAGCACUGUUUCAACUACAGGCGGGACGGACGAGGACGUCAAAGUCAGAAUCGGAAAAGCAAGACAGGCGUUCAUUAGCCUGAAACCAGUGUGGAGAUCUUCUGCACUCAGCAUGCGGAACAAGAUACGGAUUUUCAACACCAACGUCAAGUCAGUGCUCUUGUAUGGCUCAGAGACUUGGCGCGUCACGAAAGGUAUUUCCAAUAAACUACAGACAUUCAUCAACAACUGCUUACGCUCGCUGCUGAAGAUCAGAUGGCCAGAAAAAAUAAGCAACAAGGAACUCUGGGAACGAACCAACCAAGAACCUAUCACGCAACAAAUAUGCAGGAAGAAGUGGAGAUGGAUUGGCCAUGCACUGAGAAGGCCGACUGAGGACAUCACGCGUCAGGCCCUCGAGUGGAAUCCCCAUGGGAAGCGACGAGUUGGACGUCCGAGGGUGACAUGGAGGAGGUCGUGCGAGCAGGAAAUGAGAGCUUCUGGGCUGUCGUGGAACCAGGUUCAAAAGAUCUCAGAGAACAGAGGUCACUGGAGGCGUGCUACUGAAGCCCUAUGUUCCACUAGGAGGAACCCAAGGGACUAAUAAUAAUAAUAACCCCAUUUCCAGGAUUCAACGGCCCUAGCUAAACGACACCCAAGUAGAGCUCAAGAAUGAUAAACUCAACAGAACUAGGCUAGUUUCAGGCCUGGACAAAAAACCAUCAAUCGGGUCUUCAACCUUUGAUAAGUUCUAGGACACAGGGCUACUUAAUUUUGCCCAACAUUUGCCUUACUUUCUGACUUGAAGAUAGCACUCUACUCUAUAGACCGGGUUGUUCUGGCUCUGUCAAUGCGAAAGGCAUAUCUAGUACAUAACGGGAGAAAAAUAUCUCUACUUGAACUCACACAGUCGUCUAAGAGUUCGUGAUGAGUUAUCAUCGGAAGUAAAGACAAUCCAGUUGUCCCCCUUGCAUGCAGUCACCGUCUCUAUUUAACUCUGUUAUGGAUGAACUAAUGGACAUAAGCAAGGCACUUCUGACUUCACAUGAAUUGAUCUACUCCCUAAAGGGGAUGUGGCUGACUUCGACUACAUGGACGAAAUCGUCUUGUAAGGUGAAGGGUAGAGUAUUCCGAACACCGUGAGCGGAAAUCUUAGCACAAAUGAAGUACGUUUUGCACCUGUCAAGUGUAAAAUGAUGCCUGAAGAUCGACGGUCUGCAGCUAAUCCUAGUUUAAGGAUAAGGAGUGAAGUGGUAGAAUGUAUCAAAUCCUUCACCAACUUGAGAAUUUGCAUCAGCCCAAAUAGGGUGGUUGCUGGCGAAAUCUCAGUUCAGGUUCAAAAGGUGUAAUUUGGGAAUCUUCAGCUCACCACUAUCUCUCGUGUCAGCGAGAUAUCUGAAUGCUUUCCAAAGGACCGACACACUGCGUUGCAUUUCGCUCUGACCUUGAGUGCAGCUAAGACACGGAUGCUUAAAGCGUAUGUGAAGACAUUACAGAUUUUUGUUCUCUCACAAUAGCCUACGUAUUGCGGAUUCAUUGUGUAAGUUAUUCCAAGGUCAGAAGAGUACUCAGCUAGGAAGGCAAGUCAAACUAUAACGCCGAGCACCAUUACCGACUAAGACAGCUGCGAUAUUUCUUGCGCAUAAAAAGCCGCCGCCUCCUACCCUGAAUUACACUGUUAAGCGAAGUAAAUUUGGAUUGGAAGAAGUAUAAGGAUUUUGACGCCAAGAUGUGGCACCAGUCUGUUACGCCACUGAUUGUCAGUUUCACCCAUGUAGGAAAGUGCAGCAUGCCUGACUAUGGUUAGUGAGACAACAGGGGAGAUUCAAAAACCUAAGUUAGUAAGUUGAAAAACGGUCCCAAUGGCGCAGUUGUAGUCUCUCUCUAACUUCUUCUAAACUUUGAACAUUUCUACUAAUCUCCAUUUCUCCCCGCCAAUACGCUUUUAUGUACUUUGGAAUCAUACAUUUUCUAUCCAUUUAUACUUUGCUGACAGAAUCAUGAGGGAAACUGAUAUAUACUGGCAACCCAUUUCGUGGAAAAAUAUGUCCCUUAUAGGUAACCCGAGGAAAAUUGAAUUAUUAAAUAGUGGUGCACGACAACAGAACCAAGAAUAUCUACUCGAGGCAGGACACACAGCCUUUGUGGAAGUUAGCGUUUAAGUUUGGUUGUUGCAAACCUAUAAUGCUAGUACUGGAAGGCUACAGCGCAGAGAGAAGUGUCAAACAGACAAAAUUAAAGUAGAACCUCAUUGCCACACUUUACAAUAGUAUACAAAAGUACAUGGGAGGAUAGAUAAUUUUAAAAUUAGACAAAAUAUUCAAACUUCAGAAAAAUUUAAA